GCAGUCCUGUUGCCGAGCCAUCUCUAGCCAAACAGCUGUCUCCCGUUGUGUAACUAAACUAAUCGCGUUUUACUUUUGCUCCAAGAUGUCCGCAUCCGCUGCCCGAGGCUCCACAUCGCUGCUGAAGCGCGCCUGGAACGAGAUUCCGGACAUCGUCGGCGGAUCCGCUUUGGCCCUCGCCGGACUCGUCAUGGCCACCAUCGGAGUGGCCAACUACUACGCCAAGGACGGGGACAAUAGGCGCUACAAGCUGGGCUACGUCGUCUUCCGCCACGACGAUCCGCGUGCCCAGAAAGUCCGCGAUGACGAGGAUGACUAGAGAGGAUUAACGCCACGAAAUCCGACCGUAUCACUUUCAUCUUCUAGAUUUUUUUUGUUUACGCUAUAGCUAAGUAAAACAAACCACUAAAUGUA